GUUAUCACUCGCCAGUCGCGUUCGGUUUCACUGGUUUCAGUAUUCACGUGCUGUACCUGGGCUCCUGGCCCUUGUCUGGUCCGUAUUUGUUUUGACGUUAGUUUUGUUUUAAUUUGUGUUGAAUUAUUGUGAAUCACAAUGGUCAAGUCUGGAAAAAGAAAGUUUGUAAAAAAGGAAAAAGCCAAAGUCCAUUUGAAAGUAUCACACAAGACACUACUACCCAAAGGACAAAAUGUGACCGAUACGAAUUUCAAAGUACGCAAAAUCGUGUUACACGGCCAACUAAAAGAACGCGGUGAGCAUGAGAUACUGUCCAAAGGAAACUUAAACAUUAAGGAAUUGCUGUCGAGAUUAAAUCAUCAUAACAUGUGGCAAAGGCAGUCUGGACUUGAAGGUCUUAUAGACUUAGUAGCUUCUUAUCCUCCGCAAACCAUGGCUGUUCACUUGUCUUCGUUCUUAGAAGCAGCUUCACGAUUAACACUCGAUUGUGAAGCGGACAUUCGUAAAUUAGCUGUCAAGUUAUUAUCGUCAAUAUUAACAGCUGUAGAUGAAGAACAGAUUGCUCCUUCUUUUGAAAUUGUCAUCAGAUAUUUGGCUUGUGCCAUGAGUCAUAUAAACUCGGCUGUAAGAGAAACGUCUCUUAACGUAUUGGAUGUUCUUAUUACUAAAAAUCCUAAACUUACAGCAAUUCAUUGUCAGACUGUAGUGUUGCCAGGGUUUUUAGAUUUAAUAUCUUCAAAACUAAGUGAUACAACUUCUCGGAAACUUACUGUACAAAUCAAUGAACAUACGACUACGAGCGUUUGGAGAUUAAAAGUAUUAAAUAGUCUACGUUCGUUGCUUAGUGCGAUUGUCAAAAACACUUCACUUGGAUCAGAAAAUUCUUCAGAUUUAAAUAGGACAGUCAAUUGGAAAGAUUCUUGUCGUUUGUAUGUUCCAUUGUACAAUUCAAUAAGUUUGAAAGCGGGUCCUUUGGAUUUCAAUAUUUUACAAAAAGCUGAAAAGAAUUCUUCAACAACAGAAAUACAAAAUUAUACAGCAUCAUUGAUGCCUCUUUUAAUCGAUACUUUCAUUGAAGUGGCUCCCAGUAAACGAGAAAAUAAAAACAAUUCAGAAAUUUCAUUACAAACAGCAUCAAUAUUAAAAUGUAUAUUGGAUAUUAUCCUUUUGCUAUGGAAAAUUUUUCAAAAUUCUGAUAAUCCAUCUGAAAUGAUGUCUUGGUUUAGUAUUAACUAUGGUCCUAAGAUUUGCCAAACAUUUAUAUCAACCGGUUUUCCAUAUAUUACACUCAACAGCGGUGGUCGUACUCCAGAUAAAGUCAAAAAGCACAAAACUGACACAGAUGUAGUUUUAGAUUUGUUUGGAGAUAGUACGGUACAAUCUGACAUAAAGUGUUCCAAACAAAAUAUAGACCUGUGUCUUAUAUAUUUUUUACUUAGUAAAUACAAAAUAUUACCAGUACCAGUCAAAAUUAUAUCUUUAUAUAUUAACAAUUCAUUAAAUUCAUACAAGUCAAUUGAUCAUCAAUCUUUUGUUGUGUUAAUGCAUUGUCUAGAAACUGUAUCAGACAAUAAUGAUUUAAUUAAACCAAAGGACUCGUUUGAUUUGAACUCUGUUGUAGAAAAAUUAGUUAAUAUUCACAAUGAAAUGGUAAUUACUGAUGGUCGUCAUCGUCAUGAGAAAACCAAGUUAGUGUUUAAUUUCUUGUGUUCAAUCACAUCAAAAACACAUUUGAAAAUAGCUGACGAAGUCGAAGAGUUUGGUAGCUGGCUGACUUUAUUACCAGAAUUUUUAUGUCAACGCAAAGUACCAUAUCAUUUAGCAAAAGCUCUAUCAAAUGUAUCAAGAUAUAAUUUACCACAGUUUACUAAAUCAUUAAACAUGUUAAAACCAGCAUUAUUGAACAAUGUUGACAUUGUAGCAGACAACAAAGCUGAUAAAAUAAAUGGUCAGACCUUAUUAAAAGAUAUGAUGUAUACACAAUGUGAUUGGGAAAGAGAAAUAGGACUUAUUAAUUAAUGUGUACUAACUAUUUUGUUAUUAAAAUUUCAGUUUUUAUACA